AGGCGGGCGGCGAGGCGGCGCCUGCGCGGGGAGAGAGGCCAGGCCAAGCCAGGCGAGGCGAGGCCAGGCGGGCGGGCACCUGCUGCCUUCGCCUCUGCCUCCUCCUCCGCCUCCUCUUCAGCGGCCGAGCAGCGUGAGGCGCCCCAGCGUUGAGAGAACAGGAGGAGAAGAAGAAGGCGAGCAAGGGGAGGACAAGGCCGCUGUGCCGUCGCAGCAGGGCGCCCGCGUGAAUGAAAGUUUGGUCUGAAUUCCGCGCCGGGGACUCCAAUCGUCAUGUUAAGAUAAAGCAGAAAGGCGCAGUGCUGAACAUGCUAAAGAGGUUAGACAAAAUAAGAUUCAGAGGUCACAAGAGAGAUGAGUUCCUUGAUUUAGCAGAGUCUCCCAAUGCUUCAGACACUGAAUGUGGAGAUGAAAUCCCUAUGAAAAUACCUCGUACAUCAGGCAAAGACAAUGAUGAACUGAGAGACCCUGCUGGUCCUGGGACCAUCAUCAUGGCUUCAGGAGUCCCGGAUUAUAGCAGAACCGAAUCUGAUAGAUUGAAUGAGAUCAAAGGCCAUCUGGAAAUUGCCUUGCUGGAAAAACACUUUCUACAGGAGGAGCUGAGGAAGCUGAGAGAAGAAACCAAUGCUGAAACAUUGAAACAGGAGCUAGAAAAAGAACGCCUCAGGAGGAUAGAACUGGAACAAAAAGUCAAUGAAAUACUUAAAACAAGAACAGAAGAACCACCUCCUACUCAGCAGCCCCCAAAAGCACAGACACAAGUCAAUGGAACAGAUAAACGCAGCCACAUGGUAUGUUCAAGAGUUCAGAAAUGGGUCUAUGACAAAUUUGGGGAAUACAUCGAAGACUUCAGAUUUCAGCCAGAAGAGAACACGGUUGAAACGGAAGAACCGCUUAGUGCUAGAAGACUCACAGAAAAUAUGAGAAGAUUAAAGAGAGGUGCCAAACCUGUUACAAAUUUUGUGAAGAAUCUUUCUGCCUUAUCAGACUGGUUUUCUGUCUACACUUCUGCUAUUGCCUUUAUUAUCUACAUGAAUGCUGUAUGGCAUGGCUGGGCCAUUCCUAUGUUCUUAUUUUUAGCAAUUUUGAGGUUAUCUCUAAAUUACCUCAUAGCCAGAGGAUGGAGAAUACAGUGGAGUAUUGUGCCUGAAGUUUCUGAGCCCAUUGAACCCCCAAAGGAAGACCUAACUGUGUCAGAAAAAUUCCAGCUUGUUCUGGAUGUGGCACAAAAAGCACAGAACUUGUUUGGCAAAAUGUCAGACAUACUGGAAAAAAUUAAGAACUUGUUUAUGUGGGUCCAACCUGAAGUAACACAAAAGCUGUAUAUUGCUUUGUGGGCAGCGUUUAUUGCAUCUUGCUGUAUUCCAUACAGGAUCAUAGGGCUUUCACUGGGACUAUAUGCAGGAAUCAAAUUUUUUCUUAUUGAUUUUGUCUUCAAACGAUGUCCAAGGCUACGAGCAAAGUAUGACACUCCUUACAUCAUAUGGUUAAAUUUACCCACGGAUCCUCAACUUAAAGAGAGGGCUAAUGCCACAGUGUCAAGACGGCUGUCAGGGCAUGAAAAGCUUCAAACAGCAGCUUCACGAAGUUGUGUAGGCUCGAGUGCCCCGGCAGGAAUCAACAGAGAGGAAGAGACUAGCCGUUUUCAUACCACUAAGAGAGGCAACUUCCAUGAAGUAUUUAAUCUGUCAGAAAAUGAGCGUCCUUUGGCAGUGUGUGAAAAUGGCUGGCGGUGCUGCUUGAUUAACAGAGACCGGAAGAUGCCCACAGACUACAUCCGAAAUGGUGUGCUUUAUGUUACAGAAAAUUACUUAUGCUUUGAAAGUUCCAAAUCUGGUUCAUCAAAAAGAAAUAAAGUUAUAAAACUGGCAGAUAUAACAGAUAUUCAAAAGUACAAAGUAUUGUCUGUUCUCCCAGGAUCUGGGAUGGGUAUUGCAGUUUCCACACCAUCUACACAAAAACCUUUAGUGUUUGGUGCCAUGGUACACAGAGAUGAAGCUUUUGAGACCAUUUUCAAUCAGUACGUGAAGAUAACCUCUGCAGCAUCCACCAGUGAAAGCUAGUAGUUCAUCAUUGCUGAUUCUCCUGGGGAGACUCUUAUUAAAUUUGACUCACUUGGUAGUGAAUAAAAGGAGGAACACCCUU